AUUAGUGACUUCGACAACUUGUCGUCUCCAAGUCAGUUGAGGCGAGUCGUCAUUGCAAACAGUUUCUCAUUUUCAAGUAAAACUUUACCAGCACGUGUUGUUACUUUCUCAAUUGUGUAGUUAUCCGUCAUAUCAACCAAAAAGUCAUCGAAAGAAGUUGAAGUUUUUCAUCAUCAGAUCAAUUAUUUUAUGGAUAUAAUUAAUACCAGCAUUCUUCUUCAAGAAAAUAAUCAUUGAUCAAAAGUUAUAAUCAAGUAUAAAGCAAAGUCAAUCAAGUACGCGUUAUUGAACGACUUCUCUAAUAUCUUGGAAUAGUAGUUGAUGCUGUGAUACUGGCAUCUUCAAUAAUAUUCCGUGUGUUCGACAACGCCUCUCGAUGUUGCAGUGUAUUAAUGUUACACGUUAGCAUGCCGUUCGCGUAUCGUUACACGUGGAACCGAGAAAUAAUUGUGAACUCAGAAAAAUUAGUGAAAAGGCGUUGACAUUUAAUCAAUCUGUAUUAUCACCACAAGCCGAAGAAUUGUACUACGCUGACCUUAAACUGCCAUAUAUUGGAGAUAUUCUCUUACUCGACGACAAUUAACAUAAUAUUAGUGAUAAAAAGUUUUAUUAAUUCUUAGAAUUAGCCCUGAUAUUUACUCUUAGGUUUAAAACUGGAAAACUUCACGAUGAUGGCUGCUAUGUGUUAUAGCGAGCCCUUGUCUGAUUGGCUGGAAGAGAAGGUUGAAUCAUUAUUCGAUGAAUUACCAUCUCCAGAAUGCGGCCAAAAUAAACCGAUUGUUUAUCCAACCGCACAUAAUGUAAAACCUCAGCCACAAUCAACGCAAUCAUUGCUUCAGGAAUUUGAAACUGUUCUUGGUGAUGUAGAAGCUUGCCAUCAAAUCUAUCCAUCAAGUACUUCUACUCUGACACCACCACAAUCACCACCACCAGAAAGCCAACCGGAAAAUACAUUACCAAUCGAUACUCAAAUUCUUGUCACUCUUCAGCCUGCUUUGCAGAACGUUGAGUUCGUAUUUCCGCAGGGGAUAGAUCAAGUAAAUGAAUCCAUCAACAAGACAGACUCUUACCUGGGUCAAAUAUCAGGUGAGUGGAACGCCGAGAACGUGUCUCUAUUACCCCUGGCUGGAGAUGUUGCAAGUGAGUUAGCCGCCGUUGAUGAAUAUGUGAGAUCAUGUGCUGAGGAUAUUUCACCACCCAGUCCCGUCAACAGUUCUGGCGGCAGCUAUUUAUCAUCGGAAGACUCAGUUGAUGAUCCUGAUUGGAUUCUCGAUUCAUCUAGCAGCAAUAAAACAAGCAAUAACAACAAACAGCGCAAUCAAAAGCUCUCUAGAAACCGCCAUAAACCUUAUUCACGAUCUAUUGAAGACAGGAAAAAUCGUAAAAAGGAACAAAAUAAAAAUGCAGCUACCCGUUAUCGUCAAAAGAAGAAACAAGAGAUCAAAGAGAUUGUUAGUGAAGAACAAGAAUUGCUAGAUUAUAACAAGAAACUUCAUGAGCAAGAAAAAGAGCUCAAACGUGAGAUCGGAUAUUUGAAGGGGUUAAUGCGUGAUUUAUUUAAGGCUAAGGGCUUAAUUAAUUAAUCCAAUUGUUAUUUUUAAUUCGACUUUUUUUUUAAUGAUAAGACGAUUUCAUGUCUCUUGUUUAUGCCCUGGAGUUUAUCUUCUGACAGUGUACAAGGUUGCCAUGAGGCCAUUGUGUGGUUUUAACAUCCAGUAUCAGUUUCAUGAACUAUCCAGGGUAUAGACAAGAGACAAGGACAUUUAAAAUUAAUUAUUAAGAUUAUAAUAAUACUUGUAUGUCUAGAAAUAUUUUUUUUAUCCACUGAAUGCACACUAGCGACCUACUAACUUCAGGGUUAAAAAAUUAUGUACAAAUCAAUCAACUAAAAGUAUCUAAAAAUAUCAAACUUCGAACGUUGUUCGAAAAUAACAAACAGUAUGUUUUAGAAUAAUUGUAAAACACUAAAAUAAGUGUGCAUUUAGAAAAAUUGAGUAGUAUGUAAGAAUAAUUAUCUUUUAUGCACGUCAUUAUAUUUCUAUCAUUUCUGUAAUGAGAAUGUUGAGACUAUCGUCGAGUGAAGCAGGAUUUCCAAUUUAUUAUUCAGUUAUUAUUAUCUACAUAUAUAUAUAUUUAUAUAAAUAUAUUUUUUAUCUAAUCAUCUUCGGCUUGGUCAUAUGAAAAUGUAUUCGACAGCGUCGGAGUCUUUAAUACUCCAACACUGCCAUCAACAUACCAUCUCGAUGUCGAGUCUUUUCAUUCCAAAUUAUUUUAACUCAAUCGAUUUAUACGUAUAUUAUUGCUUCUUUUUUGUAAAUCUUUUUUCUGUAAAACAGGAAAUAAAGAGUUUAAUGAGUUGACAUAGUAA